GAAGAGGAACGAAGACGAGAUGAGGAGCAUCGCCGAGCUUUAGAAGCAGAAGCACGCCGUCACGCUGAGGAAGAAGAUGAAGCGUUACGUUUGGCGGAACGAGAAGAAGAUGAGCGCCGACGUGCAACAGAGGAACAUCGUCGUCGCUUAGAACAAUUAGAUGAAGAACGCCGACGCGUCGAAGCAGAGCAAGGCGAAAGUAUCAAUUCAGUACAGCCAACCGAAGACGAUGAUGCGGAUGAACUAGAAGAGGAGGAGCGCCGUAGGGCUGAACAAGAGGAAGAAGAAGAGCGGCAUCGCGCUGAACAAGAAGAACAGGAGCGCCUUCGUGCCGAGCAAGAGGAAGAAGAAGAGCGACGUCGCGCUGAACAAGAAGAACAGGAGCGCCGCCGUGUCGAGCAAGAGGAAGAAGAGCGACGUCGCGCUGAGUAUGAAGAGCGUCGUCGUGCUGAAGAUGAACGUCUACGUGCUGAAGAAGAAGAAGCUGAACGCCGUCGCGCUGAAUACGAAAGUGGCCGAGGUAGCGUCUAUGCGCCGACUAUAGUCCGCAAAUCAAUAAUUUUUUAUUACUCAUUGAAGCAAGCUUUUCUAGACCUAAGUGCUUUACAUAUUACUGAAAAAGAGCAACGCUUAGCGGCCUAGCUCCAAUAUUGACUGCAAUGCGGCUGUAAAA